CCUCAAAUAUGUCUCAGCACAUAAACUUAUUCUUGGUUGUUAAUUUGGGUUCAGAGAUGUUAUAUGUGAUAAAUCAAAGACUUUUAGCCCAAGACAUCUGUCAAGAAAAAUCAAAACAAGUUAUACGCGAUAUAACAAGCGUGCUCCUAAAUUCACGACUUCUAACUUCUCUUUCUAAUACGAAAAUACUGCAUUCUCAUAAAUACAUUUUUGCUCUCAUGAGCGAUAUCGCAUGUUGCUCAAUAAUGAGAUUAGACAAGCAUUCGAUGGGAAAACUAUGGGACUUAAUGGUGAUGAUUUACAAAUGGCAAUUAAAUUUAACAAAUGAAACUCAUAUUUUCGAUAUCACUUGUCGACAUAUUCGUGGAAUUUGCAAACUCAAUCCCGAGGCAGACGUUGCGCGUCUGACCAACAAUACAAUAGACAUAUUUCGAAAAGUUUGGCUCAAAUUGUCGCCUAAACAGAUCAUCCGACUAAGAGAGAGUUUGAUCGAUUGGCUGCGACCAUAUCGCGUUAAAGUAACGCUUUUAUUGCGGUUAGGACUACAAAAUCUGGAUGGAAGUUUUCUUAUUAAUCCUUCAAUCGAAAAAUAUGGAAGCAUAUUGUGCAACUUGGGUAGCAAUAUUUACAUUGAUUACGAUUAUAUACAACCUAUUCGAAAUGACGAUGAAAGCGAAAGCAUCGACUCUUCAAAUGAACGUGGAGAUUUUUUGGAUCUGAAAGCUUUGGUAGAUGAGCUCCUAGGCUCAUGCGAGAUUAAAAACUCGAAUUUGCCAACCAUCGAUUUAAAUUUUCAGCAAAAUCUGAAAUCAGAUGAAUCAAGACUGGAAAUGGAACAUAAAUUUGAAAGUAAAGCCGAUGAUAUGAAUCAAUUACAUCAAAUUUAUGGUGAAAUGAGUAUGGAAGAAAAAAAUCCAAUCCAAGGAGAGACAUCAUCAUUUCAGCAGCAGUUGUUAGAUAUGUUGGAAUCUGAUGAAGAAUAA